UUUAUGUUAUUGUUCUAGGCUGCAUCAAUAUUUUCCUGGUAUUUAAAGAGGUCUGAGAGCCUCCCAGUUGGAAUACACCUAAGCUGGAUUCAAGAUCACAAAGUUUCAAAUGUGUGGAAGAAACUGGUUUUGAAGGCAACAGCUGAAUAGUGUGAAAACUUCACCCAGGACUUGUAAGCGGCAGAGAGAUUGGAACUUCUUUUUACUCUUUCAUACACCCUCUGUUUCUUAUGCACUCCAGCACCCCUAUUAGUUCUCUGUUCUCCUUCACCAGCCCAGCAGUAAAGAGACUGCUGGGCUGGAAGCAAGGAGAUGAAGAAGAGAAGUGGGCAGAAAAGGCUGUGGAUUCCUUAGUGAAGAAAUUAAAGAAGAAAAAAGGUGCCAUGGAAGAACUUGAGAGGGCGCUGAGCUGUCCUGGCCAGCCCAGUAAGUGUGUCACAAUCCCACGCUCCUUGGAUGGGAGGCUGCAAGUGUCACAUCGUAAGGGGUUGCCCCACGUUAUUUACUGCAGAGUGUGGCGUUGGCCUGAUUUACAGUCUCACCAUGAGUUGAAACCACUGGAAUGUUGUGAGUUCCCAUUUGGCUCAAAACAGAAAGAAGUGUGCAUUAACCCAUACCAUUACCGGCGGGUGGAAACCCCAGUGUUGCCUCCAGUACUUGUUCCAAGGCACAGUGAGUUUAACCCGCACCUCAGCCUCCUUGCCAAGUUCCGAAAUGCUUCCCUCCACAGCGAGCCCCUGAUGCCACAUAAUGCCACUUACCCUGAUUCUUUCCAGCAUCCUCCCUGCACCCCUUAUCCAUCAUCACCCAGCAACAUCUUUUCUCAGUCACCUAGCAGCAUCAGCUACCCUAAUUCCCCAGGAAGUUCUUCUGGACCUGGAAGUCCAUAUCAGAUCACAGUUGACACACCACCUCCCCCUUACCAUGCAAGAGAAAUGGCAAACCAAAAUGGACGAUCAAUGGAUCCAGCAACCAACAGUCAGCUAAUGCUGUCGUUGCCCAAUGGAGGUAAAUCUGCCGAUGAAGAAACUGAAAACUUUCGGCCUGUAUGCUAUGAGGAACCCCAGCACUGGUGCUCAGUUGCCUACUAUGAACUCAACAACCGAGUAGGGGAGACUUUCCAGGCUUCCUCUCGGAGCAUUCUUAUUGAUGGAUUCACAGACCCUUCAAAUAACAGAAACAGAUUCUGUCUGGGACUGCUCUCUAAUGUAAACCGGAACUCUACAAUAGAAAACACCAGGAGACACAUAGGAAAGGGUGUCCACCUCUAUUAUGUUGGCGGGGAGGUUUAUGCAGAAUGUGUGAGCGACAGUAGCAUUUUUGUACAGAGCCGCAACUGUAACUAUCAGCAUGGAUUCCACCCAGCUACUGUGUGCAAGAUCCCCAGUGGCUGCAGCCUCAAGAUUUUCAACAACCAGCUCUUUGCUCAGUUGCUUGCCCAGUCAGUCAACCAUGGCUUUGAGGUGGUGUAUGAGCUGACCAAGAUGUGCACUAUCCGGAUGAGCUUUGUAAAAGGCUGGGGAGCAGAGUAUCAUCGCCAGGAUGUUACAAGCACUCCCUGCUGGAUUGAGAUCCAUCUGCAUGGACCAUUACAAUGGCUGGAUAAGGUGCUAACACAGAUGGGCUCACCUCACAAUCCUAUCUCCUCAGUCUCUUAAGAGUCAUCUCUCGGGUUACCUUUAGGAUGGAUGCUAUUGCAGGCAGUGGCUUAUAGAAUUUCCAGUUUGCAAUGAACAGAAGUUUGUAUACCUAGAUGUGUGUGUGUGUGUGUGUGUGUACACACACACACACACACACACACACACACACACAAGUCUACCACCCCUGUUUUUUUCAAGAUAUGUUUUGUGGUUUCUAGUUAUAUGAUGUAAGUAUGACAUGGUUAGAACUUCAGCCUUAGCAUGUCUGUUCUUCAGUACAAAAUAAGCCAGAUCCCUGCAAAGUGUCAUGCAUUUCCUGGUGAGCCUCUUGACGAUCCAUGCAAAUCACUGAGGGAUGAGAAUUCUCUUUAAAUGGAUAAAGCAGCCAACUUUAGCUGUUCAUAGCAGGUGAAAUUCACCCCUGUGCACAGGACCAAAACCAGAUUUCUGCACUGCUUAAGUCCAUUGUAACUGCAGUUCCAAAGGCUUAAGGGGGACCUUAAAAUGGUACCCAAAAUGGUACCCAGGACUGAUGCACAUGGAUGUUUCAUCCAGUGAAUUAAAGAAUAAAUACCAAUCCAGUCUGUCUCCCUAGACAGCAGCUGAUUUGUCUCCAUCUCCCUUUGAUUUGAGUGGGAGUUGAUGGUCUCAGGAUGCAUUCAUCACUGGAGCCCUAUCAUAGUAUUCUAGACUAAUCCAAGUAUUCUGAUGCUGUUGACACAUUAGCAUAUGGUACUGAUGCACUGAGAAACAAAAAACUCAUUUAAAAAAGAAAAUCAGAAUCUAUACAUAUAUAUUUAAAAAGGAGCUAGCUUCCAGUACUUUUUGCAGAAUAAAUAAGUGCAUAUCCGGCAUGUAAACUGAAUCCUAUCCAUUAUACAGGAUUGAUGUAUUUUUGUUUUUAAGUUAGAACUAUCUGUAGUUAGAGUACUGUGCUGGUAUCAAUGGUACAACUAAAAGGGACUUGAACUGUGAUUCAGAGAAGGGAAAUGAAAUAUAAAUUGAAGAAUUGCACAACUAGCUUACCAUUCACCUUGGGAGAGUAGGUACAUAGCAAAAUUGGGAGCAGUAAACAUUAUUCAGCUAGUGCUCAGAAGGAGUACUUUAAAAGCGCUCUGCAGCCAUGCACUUCUGUGAGGACACAGCUAUAGAGCACUUUCAGGGGGGCAAUAGCAUAACAAAAUGUCACUUUCAUCAGCACCCUGGCUUCCUAAACCAGAGAGUAUGGAUUUGAGGUCCCAUCUGGGGUGAGAUGGUACUUCUUGCUGAUACAUUUGCAACCAAAGCCCUACUUUGAAGCUAUGGAAUUUCAGUUGAUAAGAGGAAGACCCCUAGGAGGGGUGUUAUUCUCUAGAAUUGAUUACUUGGAUUAGAAGACCUCCAGUAGAGUUUAGAUAAAUAUUUGUCAGGGAUGGAUUAGAUGGAAUUGAUCUUACCUGUAGCUCACACUUCAAAGAAUGAAGCACUGGGCAAGCUCUUUUUGUAAGCUUCCUGUCCACAUGCUGUCUAUGCAGAUGUGACAAACUAAAGCCAAUAUUCUGAUAUAUAUAUAUGGAACUACCCUAAGGUGAUUAACUUUUUCUAAUGAACAGGUAAGACAGCAUCACAUUUUCAUUAUUCGCCACAGCAUACUUAAAGGACUGUGGAUAUAUGUGUAUGCCUGGCCAUAAGGACUGCAAGCUACCUAGAACCAUUUUGCUUAAUGGGACAAAAGAGCAAUAACUUCACAGCCCCUGGUAUUUAUUCUGACUGAACAGAAACUUUUAAACAGAUCAUUAUCACUCUCUUGUGACACAGUAUCUGGAGUUAAGUGUCUAAUUAUAA